GCCAGAUCAGUUUGUCACCACCCAGGCUCCCUAGCCUUUGGCUGGGUGCAACUUCCAUUUUAGGUGUUGGAUCUGAGAGAAAAAAAAAAAAAAAAAAAAAAGGAGAGAGAGAGAGAGAGAGAGAGAGAGAGAGAGAGAGAGAGAGAGAGAGAGAGAGAGAGAAAGAAGAGCAGGAAAGAUCCUGAUCCUGAGAGGAGGAAGAAGUGGCGAAAAACCAACUACCCUGCUGGAUUUGUCUUUCUCAGCACAUAGACGGAGCCUUGGGUUUCUUUCUGGAAGGACUGGUUUUUAGAAGUCCGCAUCUGAGCUCUCUCCUUCCUGCUUCCUCCUUGCUGUGGUGGCUGGGAUGCUUCUCCCAUGAUUUUUUGAAUCUAGACUGGGCUGUUCUCUGUGUUAAGCCAAUCAAUUACGACCUUCUCUUAACAGUGUGAAGUGAGGGGGCCCUUCUCCCUCCUUGCUCCUCCCUCUGUGGUCCACACCUUCCUUUUUACCCUGCCCUGCGGCGGCUCCGCCCCUUACCUUCAUGGACGACUCAGAGGUGGAGUCGACCGCCAGCAUCUUGGCCUCUGUGAAGGAGCAAGAGGCCCAGUUUGAGAAGCUGACCCGGGCGCUGGAGGAGGAACGGCGCCACGUCUCGGCGCAGCUGGAACGCGUCCGGGUCUCACCACAAGAUGCCAACCCCCUCAUGGCCAACGGCACCCUCACCCGCCGGCAUCAGAACGGCCGGUUUGUGGGCGAUGCUGACCUUGAGCGACAGAAAUUUUCGGAUCUGAAACUCAACGGACCCCAGGAUCACAGUCACCUUGUGUAUAGUACCAUUCCCAGGAUGCAGGAGCCAGGGCAGAUUGUGGAAACCUACACGGAGGAGGACCCGGAGGGAGCCAUGUCUGUUGUCUCCGUGGAGACCUCUGAUGAUGGAACUACUCGGCGCACAGAGACCACAGUCAAGAAAGUGGUGAAGACUGUGACAACACGGACAGUACAGCCAGUCCCUGUGGGACCAGAUGGGCUGCCUGUGGAUGCCUCGUCAGUUUCUAACAACUAUAUCCAGACUCUGGGUCGUGACUUCCGCAAGAAUGGCAAUGGGGGACCUGGUCCCUACGUGGGGCAGGCAGGCACUGCUACUCUUCCCAGGAACUUCCACUACCCUCCUGAUGGAUAUAGCCGCCACUAUGAAGAUGGUUAUCCAAGUAGUAGUGACAACUAUGGCAGUCUGUCCCGGGUGACCCGCAUCGAGGAGCGGUAUCGGCCCAGCAUGGAGGGCUAUCGGGCUCCUAGUAGACAGGAUGUCUACGGGCCCCAGCCCCAGGUUCGGGUAGGUGGGAGCAGUGUGGAUCUGCAUCGUUUUCAUCCGGAGCCGUACGGGCUAGAGGACGACCAGCGUAGCAUGGGCUAUGAUGACCUGGAUUACGGCAUGAUGUCCGAUUACGGCACUGCACGUCGGACGGGGACGCCCUCUGACCCUCGCCGAAGACUCAGGAGCUAUGAAGACAUGAUUGGUGAGGAGGUGCCGUCAGACCAGUACUAUUGGGCUCCUCUGGCCCAGCAUGAACGGGGAAGUUUAGCAAGCUUGGAUAGCCUGCGCAAGGGAGGGCCUCCGCCCCCCAACUGGAGACAGCCAGAGCUGCCGGAGGUGAUAGCCAUGUUAGGGUUCCGCCUGGAUGCCGUCAAGUCUAACGCGGCUGCGUACCUGCAGCAUUUGUGCUAUCGCAACGACAAGGUGAAGACCGAUGUUCGGAAGCUCAAGGGGAUCCCAGUACUGGUGGGAUUGUUAGACCACCCCAAAAAGGAAGUGCAUCUUGGAGCCUGUGGAGCUCUCAAGAAUAUCUCUUUUGGACGUGACCAGGAUAACAAGAUUGCCAUAAAAAACUGUGAUGGUGUCCCUGCCCUUGUGCGCUUACUCCGAAAGGCUCGUGAUAUGGACCUCACUGAAGUCAUUACUGGAACCCUGUGGAAUCUCUCAUCCCAUGACUCAAUCAAAAUGGAGAUUGUGGACCAUGCGCUGCACGCCUUGACGGAUGAGGUGAUCAUCCCCCAUUCUGGUUGGGAGCGGGAACCUAACGAAGAUUGCAAGCCGCGCCACAUUGAGUGGGAGUCGGUGCUCACCAACACGGCUGGCUGUCUUAGGAACGUCAGCUCAGAGAGGAGUGAGGCUCGCCGGAAGCUUCGGGAAUGUGAUGGUUUAGUGGAUGCCCUGAUCUUCAUCGUGCAGGCUGAGAUUGGGCAGAAGGAUUCAGACAGCAAGCUUGUGGAGAACUGCGUUUGCCUUCUCCGGAAUUUGUCGUACCAAGUUCACCGGGAGAUCCCACAAGCAGAGCGUUACCAAGAGGCACCUCCCAACGUUGCCAACAAUGCUGGGCCACAUGCUGCCAGUUGCUUUGGGGCCAAGAAGGGCAAAGAUGAGUGGUUCUCCAGAGGGAAAAAACCCACAGAGGAUCCAGCAAACGAUACAGUGGAUUUCCCUAAAAGAACUAGUCCUGCUCGGGGCUAUGAGCUUUUGUUUCAGCCAGAGGUGGUUCGGAUAUACAUCUCACUCCUCAAGGAGAGCAAGACUCCUGCCAUCUUGGAAGCCUCUGCGGGAGCUAUCCAGAACUUGUGUGCUGGGCGUUGGACGUACGGUCGAUACAUCCGCUCUGCUCUGCGUCAAGAGAAGGCUCUUUCUGCCAUUGCCGACCUCCUGACCAAUGAACACGAGCGCGUGGUGAAAGCUGCGUCCGGAGCACUGAGGAAUCUGGCUGUAGAUGCUCGCAACAAGGAACUGAUCGGUAAACAUGCUAUUCCGAACUUGGUAAAGAACUUGCCAGGAGGGCAGCAGAGCUCUAUCCAGAAUUUCUCUGAGGACACCGUGGUCUCUCUUUUGAACACCAUCAACGAGGUUAUUGCUGAGAACUUGGAGGCUGCCAAAAAGCUCCGAGAGACACAGGGUAUUGAGAAGCUGGUGUUGAUCAACAAAUCAGGGAACCGUUCAGAAAAAGAAGUCCGAGCAGCAGCACUUGUAUUACAGACAAUCUGGGGAUAUAAGGAGCUGCGGAAGCCACUGGAAAAAGAAGGUUGGAAGAAAUCAGACUUUCAGGUGAAUCUGAACAAUGCGUCUCGAAGCCAGAGCAGUCAUUCAUAUGACGACAGCACUCUCCCUCUCAUUGACCGGAACCAGAAAUCAGAUAAGAAACCUGAUCGGGAAGAAAUUCAGAUGAGCAGUAUGGGAUCAAACACAAAAUCAUUAGACAACAACUAUUCCACACUGAACGAGAGAGGGGACCACAACAGAACACUGGAUCGAUCCGGGGAUCUAGGUGAAAUGGAGCCAUUGAAGGGAACACCCCUGAUGCAGAAGAUUUAGCACCACUAUCUCCGUGACAGCUGGGCUUAUAAUAUAUGUACUUUUAUUUUUUGGUGGUGAAAUGGACUGAUGAUUUUUCCCUUUCUUCGCUGGACUGUUGUGCCAACUGCCAGGCUGCCUCCUGCCCUUAUAGCCCUAAGUGGCCACCUUUCUACCAACUCCUAACUCCUUCCAGUGAAGCUUAAUUGUCCCUCCUCCCCACUCCAGAUCCCCUCCAGUUGCUCCCAAGAAGCCUGACUCAGUUAUAUGCAUAUCUUGAGAAACUGCUGCAAAUUAGCUCUUUUUGCCAGUUCUCCCUGGAACUCUGGGCCUUGCAGGAGCCCUCUCUGAAGGCCAUGGGAAGAAUUGGAAGUUACAUGCUGUCUAUGCAGUGUCCAGCACUCUGAUAAACUGAUGAUUCUUGAUCAAGAUUUUUUCUUGGUGGGGAAGGGACUUUUAUUUUUUUGGAGAAUCGGAAGUGUGAACUCUUCUUCCUGUAUUCCUGAUGACUAUUUUUGAAUCUAAGAAGGCUGGCAAUAUUGGCACAUUCCACCUGGCAAGGGCCCUUGAGUGAGUGAAGGUCUCGUAGAACCUUGCUCUCAUCUCCAAGGCAGGGACCAUUAUGGACCUAUAGACUCCAUCUCUUCUCCAAGCCUCAUGCCAACCCUCGGCUGCUGCCACUGCCCUUUACUAAGGCUGUCCUUAACCUUCCUCUCCCACCCUGUGAUAAUGUCUGCUGACUUGGCCUGGCCAUUUGCAAGAGGCUGUAGAAAGAGGAGAAUGUGUCAAGGAAGACUUUUUGGGUGAGAAGGAGCAGAAAGAUGUCUUCUGGGGAGAACCUCUAGCUGGGGCUAGUAGGAAUGUACAUGAAUCAGUUAGUCUGAAACUGGCAGGAAGCUUUGAAGCUGGCUUCCCCCUGCCCUUCUUUCUCCGCUUCCUAACCUUCUAGCCCCGUCCCCCCCUGCCUUUCUCCUGGAUCGGUUGGCUGAUAAAAGGACUUGAUGUACAUACUCCUGCCCUUUUUACCCUUAAAAGGUGGGGGAUCGCCCCUGGAUUUGCCUCUUCUUUGUGCCUUUGGCCUGGGGUGCAUCUCCUCCUUCCCUUCCAUGUGCCUUUCUUUGCCUCUGCGGUCUCAUUUUUCAUGAUUUUGCAAAUUAUAUUUCGUUGCUUUCUUACCCACUAUUGGCCCUAACUAGCAGAAAGGAGGGAUGACCUCGAGAACCUCAGAUUCUCCAUUGGGAAUUGGUAGAGCCUCUGAUUUCAGCCACUCAGCUUCGCUUCAUAGUGUAUGGUUGGGAUUUUGCAAAAAUCCAGUUCUGAUGAAUCUCAAAACGUGGGAGGAGUGAGUGGUGUGACUCUUACUCCUUAGUUACCCGGAGUUCACUGUCAUCUCCCAAGGGGCUGAGGGAAGUCGCAUCUGUGCUCUCCCCACCCCACCCCUAGAAUCUCCUCCUUUCUGUUUAGUGUUUAUUAGUGGGUUGGGCUAGAGGAAUCAGCUGCUAUGCUGGUGGAUUUUUUUUUAAUCCUUUUCCUUAUUUGUCUUUUACUCCUCCCCUUAAUCUAAAAGCUCUAUUCAAUGCAACUGGAAAUCUUUAUCCUUCUCUCUCCCCCUUCCCUUAUAUAUUGAGGCUAUGGGGUAGGAGACAAGUGCACAACCCACCACCCCCCUUUCCUUUCCCCUAUGCAUUAAAAUCCCUGUUCACCCUGCCUCCCCCAUUUCUUCCCACUCCUUUUCUGGCAAAAAGGAGCCUCUUCCUCUCUAUGACCCUAAGAACAUACUGCACAGGGGAAACCGCCCCUGUCUGGACCUGGCUCCACUCUUGGUUUCUCUUGUCCUCUCUGCUCUUUUCCUGGUGCUCUUUUUCUCGGUGGGGUGUGGGUAAUAGAACCGCCAUGGGCUUUUGGGGACCUUUAACUAUUUUUUUUUCCUUUUUGUUUAUAAAAAACACUAAACAUUCAAUUCCAGAGAACCAAAAAUCCCAUCUCCCCACCGAGCACUACUAAGGGGCGUGUCUUCUGCUCCAUACCUUUUCUGUUUUCCUUUCUCUCUUGUUAAUGCUUUUAAAAACAAAUGAGUUUUUUAUAUAAAUAAAGUUUUUAAAGUGUGUAUGUGGGGGGUCUGUGUCAUUUCUUCACUUUAAGCUGUAUCUCUUCCCUCCUUUUCAACUUGGUUAUUUCCUUUUAUGUAUCAGUGUCCUUCUCUCCAGAGCAGCCAGAAGCAGGUUGACUAGGAUGGAAUUAUUUUGAGCUCACUCCCAACUCUUACCAAGCAACAUUCUUUGUAAUUACAUAUGAAACAUUUUAUCUUCUCAAGAUUCUUAAAAAUUAAAUGUAGGGCAUGGGAAGUUUAUUGCUAAGUUAGAGAUAGGAAACUGAAGGGUAAGGAAUGAAUGACUUUCUUAGUCACUGGAAUUCUUUUGCACCAUUUGACAUAACUAACAUUGAACAAAAGCCCAUUGCAACACAUGGCCCUCUUGAACGUUUAACAUUCAUGGGUAGAAGAUGAGAAGCUAACAACUCUAAUUGCCUUCCUCCAAUAUGCCCUUAUAUUUCAUAAAUAUGAAAAUGUAGAUUUAAAAGGCUCAUCUAUAUAAGUACUGAAUGCUGGGCCAGAAUGUUGCUUUUCGGGCUAUCGGUAAUCCUUUAGUAAGAAGACAAGGGACAGACCUAUGGCUGCUUUUGUGUCCUACCAAAUAAUAUGUGGGUGAGUUGCAAACACUUGUUGGGUUGGCAGGGAUUGUCUUUACUGCAGAGGCCAAGGAUUAAGACCUAUGGAAAGAGACAUUUUUCUGGGGCCCUUAUUUCCUGUUAUAUAAUUAAAAAAAUAAAAACACUUGGGAAUUUAUGUAAAAUGCUUUGCUGUAUGCCCAAUCUUUAGAUUAAAAAUCUAUAGCUUCUGA